AUGGUUGAUUCGAAUAAACACUUCAAGAAUUUGAUACCGGUUAUUGACCAACAUGGAGAAGACUUGCACAAAGAAAUAGACUUCGCUAUUCAGAAACUAAAAUCUGACCUUGACGAGAUGGACUCCAAAUACCUGGCUGUCCUAAACAAACAAGAGAAUGAAAUCACGAGAACACUUUCUAAUAUAAAACAAAGCAUUGAUAAGAUUAGGAAAUUACUUAUCUCCAAUGAUCUCUGUCUUCUUUCUGCCUACAAAUCAAGGAAUGCUGAAUUAAGAAGAUUGCCUCCCGCACUUAUAAUUACUUUACCAAGUUUUACACCACAUGAGAACACGAAAGAACAAAUUUAUCAGCAUAUUGGUACUUUGACAGAGUUAUCCGUUAAAAUAGAAGAACAUGGCUACACAAUGGAUUUUCCAGGUGCUCAGUCCUUCCCCGCGGAUAGACCGCUCAUUGACGUACCAAGGGUCCUUAACGAAAUAAAAACGCAAUACGGAGAGUAUAAACUACGUAGUGUAUCCUGUAUUGAUGAUGACGAUAUAUGGACGUGUGGCGUUGAUGAUAAAAUGAUAAGACUCUACAACCUGCACAGGGAACUAACAUUUAGUUCAAUUGAAACCACGUCAGGAAACUGGCCAACAGAUAUAGUACGGAAAAGUAGCGAGGAUCUUUUUUAUAUCGAUAAAAAAAAUAGAACAGUGACCAAUGUGACGUACAUAGAAUGUGAAUAUGAAUUUGAAUAUUUUCGGACGAACAUCAAUCUACAGGAAUGGAGACCUCUUAAUGCCUGUUGUACCUCAUCUGGGGACCUUCUUGUUGUCAUGGACAAUGAUAAUUACAUGUAUGAACAAACAAAAGUUGUGCGUUACAGUGGUUUCACAGAAAAACAAAGUAUUCAGUAUAAUGACAAGGGACAGCCUCUUUAUUCAUUUAGUGAAUAUCUAUACAACAAAUACAUCACUGAGAACAAGAACCAAGAUAUUUGUGUAUCUGACAAUAAAGCCGGUGCAGUUGUAGUGGUCAACCAGGCCGGAAAACUUCGAUUUAUGUACACUGGUAGUCACUGUUCCGAUAAGAAAUUAUUUAGCCCACUGGGUAUCGCUGCAGACAGCCAGAGUCGGAUCAUUACAGCAGACUUUAGCAAUGACUGUAUUCACAUCCUGGAUCAGGACGGUCAGUUCCUCCGCUUCAUUGACAACUGUGCCUUAUCGAGUCCAUACAGUUUAUGUGUGGAUACAAGUGAUAACCUCUUUGUGGCCGAGAACGGUACGGGCAUAGUGAAAAAAAUCCAGUACAACCGAAUACAGAAAUAUCUGGCUGAUUGCAACAUGUACCGACCGAUUGAGCUGGUAAUUCUCUCGUAUUGCACAAAAUUGUAGAAAAAAUGUAGUUAAUUAAGAAAUAACAGCAAGUAGGACAGUCCACAGGGAUAUGAACAAAGUUGGCCACGUUAUCAAAUGCUGUGAAACCGAAAAGCUUCUGAGAAAUUUUGAACUCGUACUACCGGAGCUGUUAAAAAUUUCUAUAUAACCGUGUUUUAUGCCUAAAACGAUGAAACCAUAAAACUGUAUGCGGGUGUGGUAAUUUAUGUAACGUCAUUAAAAAGUUCAUACAGAACUGAACGUUUUUGAUAUUCUACAGAUUUAUAUAAAGAAUAUUUCCAAAUGUACUAACUAUAUUACUAUAUACAUGUAUUAGAAAAAUAAAUUGACUUUCUAUCCCCAACAAAUAUUAAGUAUUUUUUAUUUUGUUUUUAUUAAUUUAUAGCCAUUAGGAAUAAAUUGACUGUUCGAUGACUUAUUUUUAUUUCAUAUUUAUUCAUUUUCUGACUUAAGUACCGAUGUUUGCUUCAAAGAAUUGAACUUAUUAACACAAUUUCCUCAAUCAGGAUCCUCGGUAUGCUUAAAAAAUUACAGAAUUCAACAAUCCAUAAAAGCAUGUGAACCAAGUUUAGUACAGUGUCAUUACAUUGUCUUAACUUAUGCUUACAUUGGACACUUUAAAAAAAUAUACAAGUAUUUGGUGAUAAAAUUGUCUUUUAAUUUUGGGAAAAUAUUGUACAUAUGUUAAAUAUACUUUCACUAGUAGAAAGGUUUUCUUAUACAAAUUCGUAAUUUUCUUAAUUACAUUCAAACAUAACAAAUCAUACAUGUAGAUAGCAUUAUAUUCUCUUACACAGAAUUACAUGCAAGUGAUUCUGAUCACUUGGUCUUUAAUAACGUACCAAUUUAAACAUCAAAUUAAUUAUUCUCCUCUUCAAUGUUCUUAUUCACUUAUGGAGGGAUAUUCAGUAAAUAAUAAGCUUAAACUAUUGUAUCUUUUGACCAAAAAAAAUGUAGCAGUGCAAACAUCACAAUAAUUCAAUGUACAUGCCUGUAUUUCUAAAAAGCCAGGCCACCUAUGGAGGAAGGUUCGUCCUUCAUCUCGUUUUUAAUACUCGCAGUUGAUCGACUUAAUACUCAUGAUAAAACUUACAGAGGGAUACUUUUUAAUGAUCAAACUUUAAAC